AAUUCGUUUACCCACCGAUGAAGCGAGUAUCAGUAGUAGAUAUGAAGUUUUAAGCUCCGACGGGCAUAUUAACUUUCGACGCGGUGUCGUUUCGUUUGGAUUCUGACAAGAUUCUCUUGUUCUCAAUCAGAUAUCUUAUUCGAUUGGAUAGGGUGUCGGACAAGAAGAGCAUCGGUUGCGGGUCACGAUCCCAAAUGUGAAAAGUGGGUGGUGGUUGCCGAUUUGUGAGGAAUUUCGUUUUGCGUAAACAACCAUCGGCUGCGUUGAGUGCAAAGUGGUUGACCGGAUUCUCGGAUCGGACGUAGGUCGUGAUUGGAUACGCGUAUGCGGCGUCGAGUGCGACGGCGGUGCUUCGAUAGUGUGCGUGAGUGAGAACUUUUCCUCCCAGAAGGAAGGAAAAGCGUGAGAGCCACUCCCACUUGCAUAUACCCCACCCACCGUCACUCACGGUGAGUCAGGUGGUGGCGUCAGGAUAUUCGUUCGGCGUUCGACAGCAUCUGAGUUCUGAGAACACCUUUCCGGGAGCGGCACGGGUGCGCUGAAAAUGAGUACAGUUAGGGUAGUGAGUGAUUUGUGAGUGGUCGUUCGAUUGGGAAAUCUCGGGGCAGCUUCUUCUCCCGUUUUCGGUGGAUUGUGUGAAGUUUUCACGGUUUGGUGUCGGUUCGGAUAUGUGUUUUCCUGCCAUUCGAGGGUUCAAAGUCACGUAGAGUGCGUAGUCUUGGCGCUGAUCCUAAGGAUUGCCGGAGUUGAUUUCGAGCUGGAGUCGGAUCAAUUUGUGUGAUAUUGGACGACGAAUCUCAAGGGAGUGAAGGCAGAGAGCUCUUUCGGAGUGGUGCGGUGCUUCUGUGUUUUUUGGUUGCGACUUCUGACGGUGUGAAUUUUCACGGUUCGCCCGAGCCUCUUACUGUAAACGCGAGUGUGCUUUCCUGAGUUUUUUGGAUGGUUUCGUGGACUAGAAGAGUUGGCCAGAUUUGAACGGCUCAAUUGAUAGCGUUGAAGAAUUGAAGAAGUCUGGAAAUAAUGGUGUGAGUUUUCUACAGCUUAGAUUUCCAAAGGCGAAAAAAAGCCCCACCCUCCUGUUCACCCAGGCAAGGAUUGGAUAAGAGAAGGUCGUGUGUUAACAGACAAACUGACUUUUGGGGCGUGCUGCGUUUGACUUGUUAAUGGCAUUUGCGUUGCUGCUGAUUGAUUGCCUUUGGAUCAUUUCCUUCGGGACAGAAGCUAUUGUGUGACUCCCUAUUGUUGUAAUUGCUAGACAUCGACAGUAAUUGAUCAUUAGGCUGUAGUGAUUUGACAGUAGCAGUAAGAAAAGGCCUCCCAUCCGAAGUGUGAGUGUGUUUGUGAGGAGGUAGGAAAAGCGUCCCCGCCGUCGGUGGAGAAAGUAAGGGUUGGAAAAGAGGCGUCGCAGGAUUCAGGAUCGUGAGCGACUGUGAGUUACCUGUGUUGGAUCGUGACCGAAGUGUGGUAAACAAGUUGUGAGUACCUACAUUUGCGAAAAGCGCACGUGUGAGUAACGGUAUUGUAAGUUGUAAUCCCCGGCGUGGCACGUGUUUGAGUGUGGCAGUGAGUUACCGGUCGUCGGUGGAAACGACGGGAAGAUUAAGGUGGUUCUUGGCGGUUCCAGGAUCAGAACAGCACGGAAGCUGCCGAAGGUUGGCCAACUUUGUCGGUCAGUGUUACAGGAGAACCCGAGCUGAGCAGACAUAGUGGCUCCACAUAGAGGGUACCUGUUCUAGGACCUGUUCCCCGGGUGUCGGCGUGGACAACCCACCCUACGCUGGUACUCUCUGUCUCUCGCCUCACCUCACAAACAGGGUGCUGGGCAGAGAGGAUUAACACGCGGUUGAGGUACGGUCAGACGUUGGUCCAGAAGAGCCUCUCACCGCAGGACCCCCAUCCUUCGAAUAACGAAGAUUACUUAUUCGGAAACCAGUCAGCCAGUGUUAAUCUGUAUAGUUAUUUUUCGCAUAGCGGCGCCACCUGAACGAAUCAGGAAGUGCGGAACAUUCCUCUACGGUGUUUAUCCGGCGUAACGCGGGACUUUCGUGUGCGUGACUGGAAUUAUCUUUCUGGUCUCGGGAACGCGUGUGUUUUUUUUUGUUUCGAACCAAUUUUAUUUUUGUUUUUCUUUCCCGUUUCUGUGUUUUCCGUACGUGUCCACGGCUACUGACCGCUAGUGACCAGUGUGAUGAUUUAUUUACGCUAGAGGAAAAUCUGUUUACCCGCCUUUUGGGGGUGGCGCUCGUGUUCAUAUGCGUUGAAGCUGGAAUGGGUUACGGUGAAACUGCCUCGUAAAAGAUAUUCUCUGCGUUUAAUUACAUCACUAACCCCAUUCGGUGCAGAAAAUUGAGUUGGAUGUACAUCGGACAUCGGAAACUGCCUCGAUAGUCUGAGAAAAUAAACAAGAAAAUAUCCAAUCCAAAGCGAAAAGCAACGUUCCGACAUCCAGUGACCCUUAAAAGCGGAUUGCGUGCUGCUAGACGAGCUGUUUAUUAUCAUAAGCAAAUAUUGAAUGAUGAGUAGAAACGAGCGACUUUGCUGAAGCGAUAACGAAUUUCGGGUGAAACAGUGCUCUAAGCAAACGCUCAGAAAAAGAAAACCACGUCGAAAAGGUGAAGAAUAAAAUAUAAAGAAAAACGUAUCGUAAGGCAUCGGAGUAUCAACCGAAUACUGGAAAUUUCGUAGAAAAGUAUUCUUCCUCAACAACAGUGCUAAAGUGUUGAGUAAGCGCGACAGUGAAAAAAGCCAGUGUAAAUAGACAGGCGUCGUUGUCGCAUCUGUAAAUUUAUAAAUAGGCAGACCAACAACAGCAGCAACAGUACCAGAUAGAGGCGAAAACGUUAUCACACCAUGGCUGACGACGAAAUUCUCUUCGAUGAUGUGUACGAGCUGUGCGAGGUGAUUGGAAGGGGUCCCUUCUCGAUAGUUCGCCGGUGCAUCCACCGGGAGUCCAACCAGCAAUUUGCAGUGAAAAUUGUUGACGUUGCAAAGUUCACUGCCAGUCCCGGUCUCAGCACGUCCGAUCUGAAACGGGAAGCAACAAUAUGUCACAUGCUGAAACAUCCCCACAUCGUCGAGCUGCUCGAAACGUACAGCUCCGAGGGGAUGCUCUAUAUGGUAUUCGAAUUCAUGGAAGGAUCGGAUAUCUGCUUUGAAGUGGUCAGACGUGCCGUGGCCGGAUUCGUGUACAGCGAAGCAGUAGCAUGCCACUACAUGCGACAGAUUCUGGAAGCGCUGCGCUACUGCCACGAGAACGACAUCAUCCAUCGUGAUGUGCGGCCAGCGUGUGCCCUGCUGGCGACCGCCGAUAAUUCCGCACCGGUGAAGCUGGGUGGCUUCGGAUCUGCCGUUCAACUGCCCAACGGACGCGACUCGGUGGAGACGCACGAACCACUCCGGACGUAUUUGAGUCCCCGAGGAAAGCUCUACCUAAAGUCCGACGGCGAGGGUCGCGUCGGAUGUCCACACUACAUCGCUCCAGAAGUGGUGACGAGACGGAUCUACGGCAAGGCGUGCGAUGUCUGGGGCGCCGGGGUGAUGCUGCACGUGCUGCUGUCCGGUCGGUUGCCCUUUCAAGGCUCCGGCAAGCGACUGCAGGAAGCGAUCGCCCGGGGAAGGGUGAUGCUCGACACACCGGAAUGGAAGCACGUCUCUUCAACGGGCAAGGACCUGGUGCUGAAAAUGCUCUCCCCAAAUCCAAUUAAUAGGCCAACCAUCUCGGAAAUCCUCGAGCAUCCUUGGAUAAGGGACCGUGACAAACUCCAGCGGAACCAUCUUGGGGACACGGUGGAAGAGCUGAAGCGCUACAAUGCCCGCCGCAAGCUGAAAGGGGCAGUGCAAGCAGUCGCCGGUGGGGUCGCCCUGGAUCCCCUCUGCUGUGCCGAUACCGACUCAAUGGCGAUCGGGACCGCCUCCGAGAGCCUGAACGAAUGGGCCGACGAAGAAGCCGGUCUGGAAGCCAUCCAGAAGGUUCUUGACUCAUUAGACGACAUUACCGCUUUGCAAGACGCCAAUUGCGACCCGGAAGUGCUGGCCAGUAUGCUACGUGACGUCAAACUGCACGAAUUGCUCCAGCUAUACGAUAGAGUUAGUAGUUCCGUUAUAAAUCCGUCGCGGGCCCCUCCGGGAGAUGCCAUUAGCCGCUGUCGGGAUGCCAUGGAUGCCAUCAGUUCCGCUCCCGGUCACAAAUACGGACGGGAGAAGGGCGAACUCAUCAAUCUGCUUGGAUCGCCACACAUACAGGUAAAGUCGUAUUGACAAGCUCCAGCUGUAAGUACAAUAAACCAAUUGACAUAUC